AUGGCUCAGAAGAUUGCAGUUGUACUUCUCAGCAACGCGGACCUGGGCGCGAGCGAUGACAGGUCGGGCCAGAGCAGUUCCAAGAAGGUAUCAGUCAUAGAUGGCAUUGCAUUGGAUUGCUCGGAAGACGAUCUGCUCGACGAACUCCUUCUGAAGGUUUUCGAUGAUCAUGCGCUCCGCGCCGAGAACGAGGGCCUUCUUUUUUGA